GGAUGUGUGUACAUGAGCAUCUUUAAACAUGGCGUCUGCAAAGCAAGGAUAUUGUGUUCACCUGCUAAUAACAUGCCUCUUUUUCUUGAUACUAUGUGUUCAUUUAGGAGGAGGACAGAAGAAGAAAGAGAACAUGCUGGCUGAGAAGGUGGAGCAGCUGAUGGAGUGGAGCUCCAGGCGCUCCGUGGUUCGCAUGAAUGGAGACAAGUUCAGGAGAUUCGUGAAGGCGCCGCCCCGCAACUACUCCGUGGUCGUGAUGUUCACCGCCCUCCAGCCUCAGAGGCAGUGCUCAGUGUGCAGACAGGCUAAUGAAGAAUACCAGGUGCUCGCUAACUCCUGGCGCUAUUCGUCCGCCUUUUCUAACAAACUCUUCUUCACUGUGGUGGACUACGAUGAGGGGGCGGAUGUGUUCCAGCAGCUUAACAUGAACUCAGCCCCCACCUUCAUGCAUUUCCCUCCGAAAGGGAAGCCCAAGAGAGCUGACACGUUCGACCUCCAGCGAAUCGGCUUCGCAGCAGAGCAGCUUGCUAAGUGGAUAGCUGACAGGACCGAUGUGCAAAUCCGGGUUUUUAGGCCCCCAAAUUAUUCGGGGACUAUUGCACUGGCUCUUCUGGUGUCUCUGGUGGGAGGUUUGCUUUACUUGAGGAGAAAUAACUUGGAGUUUAUCUAUAACAAGACGGGAUGGGCCAUGGCUGCUCUGUGUGUGGUUUUUGCUAUGACAUCUGGGCAGAUGUGGAAUCAUAUUCGUGGCCCGCCCUAUGCACACAAGAACCCACAGAAUGGACAAGUGAGCUACAUUCAUGGAAGCAGCCAAGCACAGUUUGUCGCUGAAUCUCACAUCAUUCUUCUGCUGAAUGCUGCAAUCACCAUGGGGAUGGUUCUUCUGAAUGAGGCUGCCACUUCGAAAGGGGAUGUUGGCAAACGCAGAAUUAUUUGCCUUGUGGGUCUCGGCUUGGUUGUGUUUUUCUUCAGUUUCCUGCUGUCAAUUUUUCGAUCGAAGUAUCAUGGUUAUCCUUACAGCUUUCUAAUUAAAUGACCAGCUUGAGGGGUUCUCCAGAUAAUUAAGAAGACAAGAAGUUAAUGCCCAUGCUUACUAGUUAAAAAAAUGUUUGCAUGUGUUUUGACAAGAUGCAAUAUCUUUAUGAUCCUUAAAACAAAUCUUUCCACAAAAGCAAAAUAAGGAAUUAUAAAUAGGUUUAUUUCUGUUUCGAAGCACUGCAAUUUAAAGAAAGUCAAUUAAUCCAUCAUGUAAUAGGAACGCUAUUUAAUACUGUAAUAAACAUUGUUUCUGGAUUCCACAUGA